CGAUAGAAUAAAAAUAUAAAAUGGCAUCUGGAUUUGGUUACACAGGAGGUAGAACACGCUGCUUUGCGUACUGGCAAGAUUUCCAAAAGUGCUACGCUCAAGCUGAUGCAGUUGAGGAUUGCAUAGCACAGAAGGAGGACUACAUGGAGUGCUUGCACCACGGCAAGGAAAUCGCCCGCCAGAAGGAAAUCAAGCUUAAUUUACUCAAGCAGCAACAAAAGUCGAUAGCUGAGGCACAGAAAAAUGGUCAGCAAGUCGGUGUGGGUUUGAUAGACGGUCAGGCUAGUAAUUAGUAAGAUGUUCUCUAUGAAUAAAUAAUAUUUU